CGGCUUUAGGCACAAUGAAUUGACUGUUUGAUUUCAAAAUUUUCACCACAAGAACGGGCGGAGAAACAAGCUAUAUACUUCCUGGUUCUCUGGUCUUCAUAUCAUCUGAGGAGCCUAAAUAAGAAAGCGAGUUUGUGAACAAGGGAAAGUGACAAUCCUUCCUUGUCCAGGAUGGGGGAUGACGAAUGGAUAAAAUUGCCAACAGAGGAAAAGGUCUUGCACAAGGUGUGGAAGGCUAGGGUCGCCGGCUAUGAGGAGGCGAUGCAGAUGUUCGCGCGGGCGCGGGACGACAAGGCGCCCGAGUUCGGCCGCUACCUCGGCCUGCUCAAGAAGUUUGUCGUCGACAACAACAUAGUUGCACAGGAGAAGGGCCUCGACGCCGUACUGUCGUUCCUGGAGAACGCUCACCACACGCUGUCCGCAAAAACGGUUGGGGAAGUUAUCUCCGGAAUCGUCGCCAAAUGUCUGAACGCACGAGCGCGGACGAAGGAGAAGGGACAGGAGGUCAUCAUGAUCUACAUAGAGCUCGAAAAACACGAGCUGGUCAUGGAAGAGCUAAUAAAAGGCCUCGCCAACAAGCAACCAAAGAUCGUCACCGCUUGUUUAGAGACAAUCAAGAUGGCUGUAAGGGGCUUUGGCAGCAAGACAUUCCAGUUGAAGCCAGUCGUGAAGCUGAUUCCGUCGCUGCUGGAGGACCGAGACAAGGACGUGCGGGAGCAGACGAAGCAGCUCACCGUCGAGGUCUAUCGCUGGAUAGGUGGCGCCGUCAAGCCACAGCUCGCCAACAUCAAGCCCGUGCAGUUUCUGCAGAUCAUCGCCAAGGACACCAACGUGAUGGUGGUCGCGGCGGCUGCCAAGUGUCUGGCUGGGCUCGCCGCUGGUCUCCGUAAGAAGUUCUCUCCGUACGCGGGGCAGUGCGUGCCGACGCUGCUAGAGAAGUUCAAGGAGAAGAAGCCGAUGGUGGUGACGGCACUGCGGGAAGCGAUCGACGCCAUCUACCUGACGACGACGUUGGAUUCAGUGAGCGAGGAUGUGAUCGCGAGCAUGGAGAGCAAGAGUCCGAGCGUGAAGGUCGAGACAGCGCUGUUCCUGUCACGCUGCUUCGUGCGAUGCACCCUCGCCACGCUGCCCAAGAAAGUACUGAAGCCACUGGUCGCGCCAAUGAUCAAGGCGAUCAACGAACCCGAUCCGAACGUGCGUGACGCAUCAGCCGAAUGUCUGGGAACAGCACUGAAGGUCGUCGGUGAGAAGGGCAUGGGACCGUUCAUCGCAGAGGUGGACAAACUAAAGCAGGACAAGAUAAAAGAGUGUUGUGAGAAGUCUGUCUUGUUGAAUGCCAAUGGACAGCCCCGCGGAGGGGCAACCUCAUCAUCAGCCACGUCAGCUCCGGCUAAGAAAGUCACUAUUCAAGAGCCGCCGCCAGCUGCAGCAAUGAAGAAGCCUGCUCCGGGAAAGCGACCGGCUCCUACGAAGAAAAAGCCACCGGCGAGUCGAGCGAAGAAAGCCGGAGGCAAGCCUCCUCCGGCAGAGAAACCAGAUAUAGUAGAGCGUGAAAUGAGCGUGGAAGAGAUUGAGGAGAAAGCAGCCGAGAUCCUACCAGCACAGGUUCUUCCUGGACUCGCCAGCUCCAACUGGAAAGAGCGACUGGCUGCUAUGGAGGCCUUCACAGAGACGGUGAAGCGUACGGAGAACUGGGACGCGGCAUGCCAGGUGUGCGUCGGCGUGCUGUGCGUGCGCAAGCCCGGCCUUCGCGACUCCAACUUCCAGGUGGAGAAGCUGAAGCUGGAACUGCUGGCGCUUCUCGCAGCCUCCGGCCGCUUCAGCCGCCGCUCGGUCGACCUAGCUCUUCACGACGCUGUCGACCGCGUCGGCGACGGAAAGAGCGGCGCGGCGGCCGGCACGGCGCUGACGGCGAUGGCAGAGGCGACGUCGCUCGGGUAUCUCGCGGAGAAUGUCGUUGGGUACGCGUUCACGCAGAAGAACCCGAAGAACCAGGCCGAGUCGCUGAACUGGCUCGCGCAGGCCAUCAAGGAGUUCGGCUUCCAGGGAGUCAACGCGAAGGCGAUCAAGGACUCCGUGAAGAAGGCACUCGCGGCGAUCAACCCGGCAGUGCGGCAGGCCGGCAUCACGCUGCUCGGCGUCAUGUACAUGUACGUGGGGCCGCCGCUGCGCGUGCUGUUCGAGGACGAGAAAGCCGCGCUCCUCCAGCAGAUCGACGCCGAGAUCGAGAAGGUCCGCGACACGCCCGCGCCGCAGCCGACGCGCGGGGUCGCCGCGGCGAGGGCGGGGUCGGCGGCGGAGAGCGACGAGCGGGAGGAGGAGGACGAGGAUGGCGGAGGCGAGGGAGGCAUCGGCAUCCAGGACAUGGUGACGAGAAGCGACGUGAGUGCGCAGCUGACGCCAGUCCUGCUGGAACAGAUGUCGGACAAGAACUGGAAGGUGAGGUGCGAGGCACUGAGUUCCCUGAAGCUCAUCAUUACUGAAGCCAAGUACAUAACGGGAAACCUGGCAGAGCUGCCCAGCGCACUGAAACCUCGGCUCACCGAGUCCAACAAGAUGCUGCAAAUGACAACGCUUGGCAUAGUGCAAGCGAUGGGUGGAGCUUUGGGACCACAUUGCAAGCAGCAUAUCCGUACUGUUGGCCCCAGCAUCAUCACGUGCAUGGGCGAUGCGAAGCCCCAGGUGCGGCAGACCGCCGUAGCAACGCUGAACGCGUGGGUGGAUCACACAGGCAUCCUGCCACUCUUGGAGGGAGAGGGACUCACAGACCUCAUCAAGACAGAAAACCCAUUCCUGCGGUCUGAGUUGUUAACGUGGCUGGCGCCGAAGCUUGAGGUGACGAAGAAGGUGCCGGCGGCGGACCUGCGUGAGUCGCUUCCCUACCUCUACACCUGCCUCGAGGACAGGAACGCCGACGUGCGCAAGGCAGCCAACGACACGCUCGUGCCCUUCAUGAUCCACGUCGGCUACCCCAGGAUGACCGAGGCCGCGAGCAAACUAAAGCCGUCGUCCAGGACACAGGUUAUGGGUAUCUUGGAGAAGGCGAGAGAGAAGCUACCGGCCAAGGCUCCUCCGCCUCCAAAGAAGGCUGCGUCUUCGGCAAAGCUAAAGCUCGAAGAAGCGGCGCCGCCUCCCCACAAGUCAGCGUCGGCACCGAUGCUGGAGACCAUGGAUCAGCAGAAGGUUAUAUGGAUUGACGAGCUGCUGAAGGAUGGGGAGAAGUGCAACCUGCUGGCGGGCCACGCCGACCAGCUUGUGCUCGUCUCCUCCCUGCAGCUACGCCUCACCUACAGCAAGUACAUGCAAGAGUGCGCGGGAGAGGUGAUCACCAUCUACCGCUGCCUCAUGGCCACCCUCAUCGCUGCCGGCGAUCCCAAAGAUCCGGUGAGGAAGGUAGUGAAGAACAUUUUGCGUCUGGUCUACAAGGUCUACCCUGCCAGUAAGAUGUUCACCUACAUCAUAGACGGACUGAAGUCGAAGAAUGCGCGUCAGCGAACAGCAGAGGUCCUGUGCAGUGUUACCGGUGCACGAGGUAGAUCAUCUGUUACAUGUGCUCAGGCGCCACCCUCGGCAAAGAGUAAGAAGCCAGCCGACGAAGAGUUUGGCCCUACGCUCGUUAACAACGACUCGAAACGGCAGCGUCUUAGAGAUGAGGAGAAGCUGAAGGUGCUGAAGUGGAACUUCACUCAGCCGCGGCAGGAGUUCGUCGAUCAGCUGAAGGAACAGAUGCAGAACAACGUCAGCACGCCGCUGCUCACACAGAUGUUCCACGCCGACUUCAAGCACCACAUCAAGGCCAUCGACGCGCUCUGCGAGGCGAUCACGACAUCGGAGGAUGCGACGGUCGCGCAGCUCGACCUCGUGCUGAAGUGGCUGACUCUGCGCUUUUUCGACACGAACCCGAGCGUUCUGCUGCGCGGUCUUGACUACCUCGGCAGCCUGUUCACGGCACUGUCGCAGCGUGGCUACAACUUGCCCGACGCCGAGGCCAGCUCCUUCAUACCUUACCUCGUGAUGAAGGCCGGCGAUCCCAAAGAUCCGGUGAGGAAGGUAGUGAAGAACAUUUUGCGUCUGGUCUACAAGGUCUACCCUGCCAGUAAGAUGUUCACCUACAUCAUAGACGGACUGAAGUCAAAGAAUGCGCGUCAGCGAACAGAGUGUCUCGACGAGCUGGGCUAUUUCAUCGAGGUGUUUGGAUCAACGGUCUGUCAGGCGAGUGUUCGGUGCGGCGCUGAAGCUCAUUGCUCAGCAGAUCGCGCGAUCGCGACAACGGCGUGCGCAACGCCGCGCCUCAACACACGCCGUGCAGCGCCUAGCGCUCAUCGUCGGCGACAACGUGCACCGCUAGCGUCGGGACAGCUCGCGGACAAGGACCAGAGCCUGCUGGACGAGCGCAUUAAGCGGUCAGCGAAGAACCGAGCAGCGUGCGCGACGCGGCAGGCCGAACCCGAGGACAAGCAGGCGAAGGCUGCGAGCAAGAACGCCGCCGCUGCUGACCAGAGAUUGCAGGCCGCGGAGGCACCUCCGGUUCGGCCGCGCUCGCUCAUACUGGACCUGGAGGAGAGCAUGAGCGAGUCUGACUGCAGCGGCAAGGCACGGCUCAUCGACAUCCCGGACCUAGAAGACGAACCCAUACACCUGCCGGUAACCAGGGGGAGGGCGCCAUCACCAGCAAUGAAGGUCUUGCACCAGUCUACGGACACUCAGUCGACGCUGGACCUAGUCGUGUCGCAGAUUGCCAGUAAAGACAUCAGGACCAGUAUACAUGCUUUGGCUCAGCAUUACCACCCGCGGGGAUCUCUCAAUGUUAACACCUGUGGGGAUUCUAUCGGCUUCUCCUGUGGGGGAUCUCUUUCUACAUGGUUUCUCUCUCGGCUUCUCCCUGCAUGCAGAAUUACCACCUGCGGGGAUCUCUCAAUGCGCGCGAUCCUCAAAAGAUCCGGUGAGGAAGGUAGUGGAAAACAUUUUGGUCUGACGUCUUACAAGGUCUACCCUGCCAGUAAGAUGUUCACCUACAUAAUAGACGGACUGAAGUCAAAGAACGCGCUCUGUCAGCGAACAGUAAAGGUUACCUGCGAGUUAGUGCAGAGAGUGUUGGGAUCAACGUCUUCAGCCGAGUGUCGGUGCGGCGCUGAAGUCAUUGCUCAGCAGAUCGGCGAUCGCGACAACGGCGUGCCGCAACGCCGCCGCUCAAACAACCGCCGCGUGCAGCCUACCUCAUCGUCGGCCGGACAACAUGCACCGCUACGUCGGGACAGCUGCGGACAGGACCAGAGCCUGCUGGACCGCAGCGCACUUAAGCGGUCAGCGAAGAACCGAGCUGCUGUGCGCGACGCGGCGGCCGAACCAGAGGACCAAGCGAGGCGAAGUCUGCGAGCAAUGAACGCGCUGCUGGACCAGAGAUUGCAUUUCUUCAAGCGAAGAUAUCUUCGCGAAGGGAGAGUGACGAAGGAGACCUGGCGACUGUCAAAAACAAUACUACACUCCCUCGCCAAACUCAAGGGAAAUGAGAUUGUCACGCAUCUGAAGCUGAUCGAGAAUGCGGAAGAGUCUGAGAUCUCGCAGUACCUGCAGAAGGUGCUUCGUACGGGCUUCUCUGUGAAGCCCACGACGAACAACACAACAAUACGAAUGCGCACGGGUUACUCGAAUGUAGAACGUGAUAUGUUUGUGGGCGCGAUCAGUAUCGCAAAGUUAGACGUGUUCUCUGCGAUUAAAUUUCGAGGUUACUCGAAUAAGAGCACAAGAAGGCUGUCAAAAAGUUGUCACGACAUGCUUGCUGAGAUCUUCAAGAAAAUCGGUUCCAAGGAGAACACGAAAGAGGGUCUGUCGGAUCUCUACGACUUCAAGCUGACGUACCCGGACGCAGACAUCGAGCCGUUCCUCUGCAAGUCGUCGCAGUUUUUCCAGAGCUACAUCGAGCGCGGCCUGAGGGACAUCGAACGAGCGAGGCAGAGCAAGCCCGGCUCCAAGCCGAGCGGCGGCGGCGGCUCGGGCGGACCGUCGGCCACGGCUGCGGCGAGCGAACUCGAGAACCUGAGCGCGUUCGAUUACAUGGAGAAGCUGAAGGCGCUGCGAGCGCGCUGCGGACACACCGAGGCGGCCGGCGUGGCUAAGAAAGAAGCUCUAGGAAACUCGACAGCAAAUAAGGAAAACAGGAAGAGCCCUGCUGAGGGUGGAAUGAGCAUGAUCUCUCAGAAGGCCGGCGAGGCGGAGGAGGCGUCGGGCGAUCGGGAAUCCCCCGGCAGCAACGCCGGGGCGGGCUCGAGCGGCGGCGCGGGCAGCGCGACCGAGACGAACACAGCCGAAGUCCUCGAUCUGAAGAAACGACUCGAGAAGAUCAAGACCGGCGCCAUCAAGACCGAGUAGACUUGUACAUACACGGGACGGGCCACGGGGAGCGUUAUAUGGAGCGGUUGAGAGGGUCCACGCUCUGCGUUAGUACGCGGCGGCGAUUCGUUAUAGACUGUGUAGAGUGUCUAGUGACACGCGUCGAGAUGUGAACGCUGGGGUCGAUAUAUGAACGCCGUGGCACGGGAUUCCUGUUUGCGGUUGUGCGUCGGUGGUAACGCAUCCUAUUCACAAGCAUCCGUAUUUGGGUUUAGAAGGUAAAUGCUUCCUAAUCGCGUUUGCAUCCGUACCUGGGUGUAGAAAGUAAAUGCGUCCUAAUCGCGUUCGCAUCCGCUUGCCUGGUGCUCGAGUGCAUCCAACCACGGUUACCGGAUCCGUGUCACCUGUCAUCACUAGUCGUUGUUAGAGAUGAGAAGUAAUCGUUUAUCGACCGGAGAUGCAUCUCGCGAGGCGAGGGAUCGGCAAGGGUGGCAUCGAGAGAGGUGCUCCUUGUCGCUGUCGAUUCGCAGACUUCACUCUGUGUAAAGGUUGAAAGUACGUGCAAACUCGCAAGUAGUCUCUUACGUCUCGCUUGCUUGCUAUGCACUUACUCGUCGUCUCGUGAUCACUCGAUUGUACGUGUGUCAUAUGUAUCGCACAAUCACGCGGUGACGUUUACCUGCACUUCUAACCCAGUGCAAAUCGCCGGGCUACACGGAUGAUGAUUAUCUCGCUGGAUGCAUUUUACUGGUCCUAGAUAAUUCGCUUCGCAAGCCGUAUCGGUUAGGUCUCAACAAACUGGUGAGUGUAUCCCCGAUCGAGAAUCGGUCAGCGGUUUUGGUAUUGUGCCUUCCGUGUGCGGUUUGUUUACGUAAACAAAACAGAUGCGUGUCCUACUCUCGUAAUAUUUCCUCCUCGCUUUCAACGAUGUUUUCGUGAACGAAACCUCGUCCAGUGUGUUCAACGUUGCCCAACAGAUCGUGGGUUGCCCCCUCUGUGUACUAGCUGUGACAGCAUCUACCAAAAAAAUACGUGGAGAUGUAAUGUGCUUAGUAAUAUAGCAGCCUCACCCGUGUAAGGGCCUCGAGACCAGUUUAGUCGCAGCUCGAAAAGUAUUUUUGUUUGUGUGAAUCGCGAUUGAUUUUUGUAAAUACAGAUUUUUUCUUCUCUGCGUUAAUAUUAAGAAAUCUAUACAGUUCUAUGAUCUAUGUACGAAAGUGUGUACCGUAGGUUUUGUUGGUCGGGUGGGAGGGAGUGUUGAUUUUGAUAUGUAGUACAGUACGUGUGAGCGCUGUAAAGUAUGUGGUGUCCUCUCUCUGUCUCUCUCUGCUCACUCAUAGGCAGGCUGCAGCGUUUUAGCUGCAAAGAGGCUAGUUUCUGAUGCUGUAUUAAAAAAAGUUUUACUUUGCCUUGCACUUUGCAUGUUGUAACAUAUCUUGUCCAUUAGCAAGCUGUUGUGAUUUACAUCCUUAAUCAAUCUGAAGGGCUUCAGUUAGACUUCAGUGAUUAGUGUUGGAUAAUUUGCUAUGCAUAGUUUGUGGUAAGGCCUUUUCUCGGUGAAUACUUGCUCUUUCUUGACCUUCGCAAAGUUUGUGAUUUUGUACUCGUGACUUAUGCAAUUGCUCAUUCUUCUUAUUUAGUUUCACUGUAUAGAGAAUUUACCUUUAAUUUUGCAUUGAAUGACACUUGGAAUGUUCUAAUGUAUGUGCGAAAUUGACAAAGUAACUCUGGCGUCCUAGCUGGAAAGCAUUUUCAUUUCAUGUGGAUCUUAAGUUGAACAUGAUGUAACAAUGUAAUUUUUCCACUGAAUAUCUCGAAUAUAUAGAAGUAUUUUUUCUAGGCAUGUGCAUUGUUUGCAUUUGAAUGGCUUGUGCAUUCGUUCAAAUUCCAUUUAUUUCUGUGAUGUUUAUCUUGUUUUCUUUAUGCAACUGUAUUUGCAAGCUUUUCUUUAGUCUUCCCUAUAUAUCCUUUAGCAACCUGGCGUGCAUGAGUCCAGUAGUAAAACGGUCCAUUCAAGAACUAUGUAUAUCAUCAAUAACUUUAUCAAUUUAUGGUGUUUCCACAUGGUAACUGUAAAAAAAUAGCCUGAGCAUGAAUAUUAUCGUAACAUUAGUACAGAUGCAAUUGAUUGAAAAGCUGUUUAGUUCUUUUGGUCUUUUCUACAGCAAAAUUUGGCGAUGAAAUCUCGGCCUAUGGUCGUUCAGGCCAGUAGACCUCAAUCUGAACAUCGGAAAUAUCUGGCUGCCUUGUUUCUGUAUUCAUUGCCUAUAGUGCAGAUGCUCCAAAUAUGUUAGUAGCUAUAUUCUUAGCAAGCAUAUACGAAAUUUCAAUCCACUAGGCGUCUAUCUUGCGCUGGGUAUCUAAGUAAUAGAAUAAACAUGGGAUGGUUAGUAAUUACGAUGUUACGAUGUUAAUAGUGACGAGUUACAAGCACUCGAUUUUCGAGUGAGAUUUAAACAGUUCAUAUUAAUUUGUAAAUAGUUUGCAGCACUGUUUGCUACAUGUAUCUACUGCUUCUGAAAUGCUAAGCCAGUAAGCCUGGAUUCCCUUUUCGCACGUGGAUGGCCACACGCACACACACACACACACACACACACACACACACACACACACAAUUUGACUAUUAUCCAGUAUUCGAAGCCAUUCUGCCUAUAUAUAUGUGGGUAGAGAAGAACGUUUCACACCACCAGAGAUGUGUUGCUUGUGUUCAUGCACCAGCUAGUGUUCAUAGCUUGUAGCGUCUACCGUGCAUCGCAGAUAAUAAUCAAGAACGUGCGGGUGACCUGUGGUGGCGGGCGGUGCGGUCAGCACCAUGUCUUUAGCACUUUCGCUCGUUUGAAGUCUACUAUUAUUCUUCACUCUAGACAAACGAAGCUGCAUUCCUGCAUUGGCGUCGUAAUGGGUUGGUGGUGUCACGUGGUAAUGUAGCAGAUAUAAUAGUAUGAUAGUAUUUAUAGUUGUGGCCGUCACUAGAGAUUACUACAUACGCGGUAAAACGCCGUUUCAGUGUGUUUUUGUGGUAUGCCGCGAAGAAAUUUUUGCUGUGAUCGUGAAGUAAAACCGUAACUGAUUUUACAUUUUGUUUAUAUAAGCUGCUGCACGAGUUCAAAGCAUUUAUCAUUUUUUUACAGGUGUAUGUAAAUACAGGUCGUGUUCUUGGUAGAAAAACAGAUUUAUCGUAAAUGAAAGUUUGGAAUGCACCGCAUCAACUGCUUCUAAGCAUUGUGAGUGGGUUCAGAAGAGGGUUGGUCGUGUAAAAUGGGAUAGAGGACGUUAUACUGAGUCAACUUUUGUACUCAUCUACGUUGGCAUGUUCGUGCUGCUACGCAGUGAAAAUUUUCUCUGAAAUCUGUGUUGUCGUGGUACGAAUAAAGCUAUGCCUAUCGAAAUGUCACAAACUAAA